AUGGCCAACCCUAAGACCUUGGUUUACCAGGACAGAAGGUGCUCUGCUCGCCUUCUGCAGAAGAGCAGCAGCAAGCCUUCAUUUUGGGGGUUCGAGAGCUGCGGAGGGGAGUCGCGCAGGGUGGGCACUUGUCCGCAGCAAAGUGUGCAGCGCCUGCAGGUGGCUUGGUCUCCGAGAAAAAUCUGGGCGCUGGACUCCCCCCAGUUCAAGAGGGGUGUUGGGAAAUGGGUCUUGCAGAAGGAUACCAAAAUAGCAGAGGCCUACAAGGAGAGGCUGAGGGAUGUGGGCUUGUUGGAGGCAGUGGCUUCUCCUUUAACACUGGUGGGCAUGGAGCUACUCCAGUUGCCAGCCAAGGUGCGAGCAUCUCAUGCUACUGUGAAGGGCAAUGUCCUGGGUGCUGCGAAGAGGGGAGGAAAGAAAUGCAGAGUAAAAGCAACGCUGAAAGUGGACCUGCUGACACCUCAGAGCGAGACGCUGAUAAAAAGGGCAGCCCGUCUUCCUUCUCCAUGCUCAGAAGCAAGUGGCAGAGGCUACUCAGGAGCUUGGAAGCUACUGGCAUUACAGGCACCUCGGGUCGCAACGCCGACAAGAACCAUGAGCAAUAACGCUGGGACUGAUCUGAAGGUCACUGGGAUUGACUAUCUCAAGAGCCAGAACACCCGCCUGCACCACACAGAUGCGUACAACAUCAAGAACCUGGUGGUGCGGCGCGGGCAGGCCUUUCAGCUCCAGCUAAGCUUCAGCAGGGAGCUGAAGGCUAGCGACAAGCUGGCACUGCGUUUCGGCAUCGGCAAAAGCCCAAUGAAAACCAGGGGGACCCUGAUGUCACUGAACGCGAAGCAGGAGCAGGACCCCAGCGGGUGGCAAAUAUCCAUUGUCAAGAAGAGUGGCAACCAGUGCCUGCUGUCUGUCACCAGCUCACCCAGGGCCAUGGUGGGAAAAUACACCCUGAACGUCAAGACUGGGACUAACAUUUACAAGUCCGAAAAUAAUGCUGUCUACCUUUUGUUCAAUCCUUGGUGUGAAGCUGAUGCCGUCUUCCUGGAUGAUGAGGCUAAGAGAAAGGAGUACGUGCUCAAUGAUACAGGCUACAUCUAUGUUGGGUCUGCAUACAACAUAUACGGUAGACCCUGGAAUUUUGGGCAGUUUGAGGAAUUCAUCUUGGACGCCUGCAUGUAUCUGCUGGACAAAAGUAAUCUCAAGAUAAGCAAUACGGGGGAUCCUGUGUUGGUGUCGAGAGCCAUGUCUGCUUUGGUUAAUGCCAAUGACGACAGCGGUGUCCUGAUGGGGAACUGGUCAGGGAAUUACAGCAGCGGGACCUCCCCUAUGGAUUGGGUUGGGAGCGUCUCGAUUUUGCAGAAGUAUUACAACACGAAGAAGCCAGUCUGUUAUGGUCAAUGUUGGGUCUUCGCAGGAGUCCUCACUACAGUCAUGCGCUGCUUGGGGAUCCCAUGCCGCUGUGUGAGUAACUUCAACUCAGCACACGAUACAGAGGAGAACCUGAGAGUUGACGUUUACCUGAAUGAAUCUGGAGAAAAGCUGAACGGGAUCUCCCUUGACUCCAUUUGGAACUUCCACGUGUGGAAUGACGUCUGGAUGAAGCGGAGGGACCUGCCGGCAGGGUUUGACGGCUGGCAGGCAAUCGAUUCAACCCCUCAGGAGCAAAGUCAAGGUAUUUUCCAGUGUGGUCCAUGCCCGCUGAAGGCUAUCCGAGAAGGGGAUGUGUAUUUGCCCUUCGAUGGCAAGUUUGUGUACGCAGAAGUGAAUGCUGAUGAAGUCUACUGGGUCAUCAAGAAGGUGAACGGCGUGGAUAAGUACACCAGGAUUAGCACGGACACCAAAGGCAUUGGUGUGAACAUAAGCACAAAAGCCGUGGGGCAGGACAAGCGGGAAGACAUCACCGCGGAGUACAAGUUCCCUGAAGGCUCCAAAGAGGAAAGGGAGUCCAUGCAGAAGGCUUGCUCCUUCUUACACCCUUCAGGAAUAAUACCUCGUGCACGCUUCGCAUCGAUUGUGCCCGUGGAUGACAAGCACUCCAAGCCUGAGACGGUCUCCAAGACUGGGCUGCAGCUUCAGAUAACCAAUAAAGGAGCUUUGUAUCCUGGAAAUCCCCUUGAAAUGGCCAUCACAGUGAAGACCUCUACUCCUGGAAGCUGGACCAUCAAUCUUGCCAGCUCCUGCCAGCUACAGCUCUAUACUGGGAAAGUCAAGGCCACCAUUGGAUAUGUCAAGGAGACUGUCAAGCUUGAAGGCAAAUCUGAGACGCAGGUCCCUCUGAAAAUUGCAGCAGAUGAGUACAUGAAGACGCUGGCCUCAGUGGAAGAUGAAGUGCUCAUCCACGUCACCACCAUUGCUGAGGUCCAGGGAACAGAUGACAAACUCACCAACGAGAUGACGAUGAACUUCGAGUACCCCCCUAUCACCCUCCAGAUGCCAGAAACCGCCAAACUGAACAAGGAGUUCUCCUGUGCCUUCGUCUUCCAGAACAAGCUGAACGUGCCCCUCAACAACUGCAAGCUGCUGGUGGAGGGCUUGGGCAUAUUUAAGAUGACGGAGUUUGAUGAGGGGGAUGUAGAGCCCGGUAGGAUCAUUAAGUCUCAAGUAAUAUGCACUCCAACAAGAGUAGGAGAGAAGAAAAUGGUAGCCAAGCUGACCUCGACCCUGAUCAAAGCGAUCUCUGCGGAGAAGGCCAUCACCAUCAUCGAGUAG